UAAUUUCAAAAAAUUCGAAAAGUUAGACCAUAAAAAUACAAUAUAUACAAAGGUUGGCAGGUAGAAAAUAUUUACGGGCACAAAACAAGCUCUCUCUAAAUAACUCGGUGUAUAUACACACAUACAAAUUUUGUAAAAAGUGCUAUGGUCUCUUAUUAACAAAAUAUUAUCCAAAUGCAACUUGUCGAGCAUGAUGCUACACGGUCCUACUGAACAAAUGAGAAGCCAUCUUCUUCUUCAUCCACCUCCCGCCACCGCCACUCCCUUCCUCGCUUCUUCUUCGCCGUCGCACUCCAACUCCACCAAUCUCCUUCGCUACUGGCGACGCCGUUCUGCCAGGCCUCCUUCUCCUCCCGAUGCUCUUCCCCGAUGGGACUCCAAUGCCGAGCCCAUCCCCAGCGGACGCUCCGCGUUCGGUCUCGACAGUGAGGUCGACGACGAUUGCGAUGACGACGGUGGUGGUGGUUUCGGGUUCAAUGGUGGGAGGAAGCAGAGGGUUUGGUGGUCUGGGUACGACGAUGAAGUCGAGGACUUGGAGUUCGAGGGGGACGAGGAGUUUUGGGGAUUUAAGGUUUUACAAGCUUUUGGGUGGAUGUUUCCGGCCAUUGCCAUAUCAUUGCUCCUAGGCACGGGUCCAAAUGCGUUCAUUAUGGCCUUAGCAGUUCCAUUGGGACAGACUUUGCUUUCCCUGGCAUUUGAGAAAGUGUGGGGAGAGUCGAGCGAGAGGGAUAGCUGGAAACCUCGUCCCCGGGCUAAAACCAAGAAAAAACCAUUUGUGAAUCCCAGAAGCGAAGGCCGAAAAAGCAGAGGGGAACAAGAAAAUGGUUCUGCUGAUGGGAGGAAUGCUUAUCAGUCUUGGGUGACAACAGAUGGUCCGUAUAGCAAGGCAGGCAGCGGAAGUAGGCGGAGGUUUGGUGGAUGGGAUGAACUAGACGAGAAAGCAGGGACACGGGAGGUUCCUAAGGGCGAAAGGAGUCGAAAGAGAUGUGUGCCGUCGAAGCAAUCAAAGAAAGGAAAGUUUAGUAGGAUAGGAAGGGUAAGGGAAACUCCGUUGCUGGUGCGGCUUCUUAUUGCUGCAUUCCCAUUUUUGGGCUUCUGGACAAAGUUACUCUUUUAAUUGAGUGAAAAUUCAAAGCUGGAGAUUAAUCUACUAAUUACAUUCUUGCUUGCUUAUGGCUGGAGAGAAUGGUCUAUCUGUUCCAAGUCAAAUGAUUGGCAUUUUCCUCUGAGCUACACUCUGGUCAGUGGUCGAAACAAAGGCUUUUGUUCAUGUACAUGUACUGGAUAAUGUCAGUGAUAAAGAUUCGAUGGAACAACAGAUCCCGAGGGAAUUGUGACCGACUGCUUUUGAUUCUGGAGCAAAGAGAGAGAGAAAAUGCGUCGUAGGAUUUGUUUUUCGAGUAAUAGCCAAGUCAGGAUACAGAAGGAGACCCUGAUUUGUAUGGAGCUCAGACAGAGGCAUGUGGAAGAGCUUUGGAGGAGGAUGUCAUGGAAGGACUGUGGCUUUUUCUUAUUGAAGAUUGCAGGGAAUAGAGACUAGAGAUUAGAAAUUCCCCCAUAUAUAUACGGCACUGUAGAGGUUGGGAAAUAGGUUACUAUAGUGUUCUUCUUUGAACUCCCUAGACUGCUUAAAAACAAAAUUGUCCAGAGAAGAUGAUCAAGGAAGCAAAAAUCUCCAAUAGCCACGGGCGCAAUGCACUGGAAACAUCUGUAUUCAUAUGUUUUGGUUUUUGUGAAUUAUGCACUCCCUAGUCCCUAAUAGCCUGGAAGCCCUGAUUUGGACAAUCGUAUGGCAAUACCGUAAAUUAUGUCUUGGCAAGUUCCUGGAGUGUCGAUAUUUGUAAGCUUUAGGAACGAAGCAAAGCUACACUAGUUGAUAGAUGAACUCUUCGAUAUUA